GGUUGCCAGGGACGUUCUAGUUCUACCGAAUAUAUCGCGAAGACAGCAACAUGUCAUCCCCGGCAUCGACACCUGGUGGUAGGCGGAGCAAACGUGGGAGAAGCAGCAACCCUCCGACCCCCCGUAGUGAGGAUGUUGUACAGUCUCCUCCAUCUCAGAGACGUCGUACUGAUGAGCCAACAUCAGUAGGAGAACUGUUGCCUAUGCCAACCUCGCCGUCGGGUGACCUUCUGAGUCCCAGUGGAGAAGAGCUGCUGUUCACCAGCCCUGCGCCAUCAAGGCACUCUGUCCUUCAGAGCGAACUUGAUUUGAGCUCUCCGUUAACGUAUGGUACCCCUAGUUCAAGGGUCGAAGGAACCCCUAGGAGUGGUAUCCGAGGAACUCCUGCUAGACAGAGACCUGAUCUGGGGUCAGUCCGCAAAGCUAAGCAAGUGGAUUUGCACUCCGACCAGCCGGCGGCAGAGGACCUUGUAACCAGUGAGCAGUCUGUUGGGCAAAAGCUUGUGAUCUGGGGUACUGAUGUCAACGUGACCACAUGCAAAGAGAAAUUCCAGAGGUUUAUCCAGCGGUUUAUUGAUCCUGGUGCUAAGGAGGAGGAGAAUGUGGGAUUGGAUCUAAAUGAGCCGAUCUACAUGCAGCGGCUUGAAGAGAUCAAUAUGGUAGGGGAGCCAUUUUUGAGUAUCAAUUGUGACCAUCUGAGGACUUUUGAUCAAGAUUUGUACAGGCAGCUGGUCUGCUACCCGCAGGAAGUUAUUCCAACCUUCGAUAUGGCUGCUAAUGAAAUUUUCUUUGAGCGUUACCCGGACUCUAUCUUGGAACAUCAGAUUCAAGUUAGACCUUACAAUGCAUUAAAGACCCGGAACAUGAGGAGCCUUAACCCUGAAGAUAUUGACCAACUGAUCACAAUUGGAGGUAUGGUGAUCAGGACCUCUCAGAUCAUCCCAGAGAUGCAAGAAGCGUUCUUUAAAUGUCAGGUGUGCGCCUUUACUACGAGGGUGGAGAUAGACCGAGGUCGCAUUGCAGAGCCAUCUGUGUGCAGGCAUUGUAACACCACGCACAGCUUGGCUCUAAUUCACAACCGCUCCAUGUUUUCAGACAAGCAGAUGAUUAAAUUACAAGAGUCCCCUGAGGAUAUGCCAGCCGGUCAGACCCCUCAUACAAUUGCUCUGUAUGCACACAAUGAUCUGGUGGACAAGGUGCAACCUGGUGACAGGGUGAAUGUGACAGGAAUUUACAGAGCUGUACCCAUUCGAGUGAACCCCAGAGUCAGUAAUGUAAAGGCUGUCUACAAGACACACAUAGAUGUGAUACACUAUCGGAAGACAGAUUCAAAACGACUACAUGGCAUUGAUGAAGACACUGAGCAGAAGAUGUUCACUGAACAGCGUGUAGAGAUGUUAAAGGAGUUAGCUGCUAAACCAGACAUCUAUGAGAGGCUUGCUGCAGCUAUUGCUCCUAGUAUAUAUGAACAUGAAGAUAUCAAAAAGGGUAUUUUGCUUCAGUUGUUUGGUGGCACUCGAAAGGAUUUUAGUCAAACAGGAAGGGGCAAGUUCCGCUCUGAAGUAAAUAUCCUUCUGUGUGGCGAUCCAGGCACAAGUAAAUCUCAGCUCCUUCAGUAUGUGUACAAUCUGGUACCCAGAGGCCAGUACACAUCUGGCAAGGGAUCUAGUGCUGUAGGUUUAACAGCUUAUGUGAUGAAGGAUCCAGAAACGCGACAGCUGGUCCUACAAACUGGUGCAUUGGUUCUCAGCGACAAUGGAAUUUGCUGCAUUGAUGAGUUUGAUAAAAUGAACGAGAGCACCAGGUCUGUGCUUCAUGAAGUAAUGGAGCAGCAGACGCUCUCAAUUGCUAAGGCUGGUAUCAUCUGUCAGCUGAAUGCCCGUACUUCAGUCUUGGCAGCAGCAAACCCUGUAGAGUCCCAGUGGAACCCAAAGAAAACCACCAUUGAAAAUAUCCAGCUGCCACAUACAUUGCUGUCCAGAUUUGAUCUGAUUUUCUUGAUGUUGGAUCCACAAGAUGAGACAUACGACAGGAGACUGGCUCACCAUCUUGUAGCUUUAUACUACCAGACGGAGGAGCAGUUGAAAGAGGAGAAUUUGGAUAUGGCAGUGCUAAAGGAUUACAUUGCAUAUGCUCGUAUUUGCGCUAAUCCUCGGCUCAGUGAGGAAGCAGGCCAAGCUCUUAUUGAGGCCUAUGUGGACAUGAGGAAAAUUGGCAGUGGUCGUGGGAUGGUUUCAGCUUACCCAAGACAACUGGAAUCUCUUAUCCGCCUGUCAGAAGCACAUGCUAAAGUGCGUUUUUCCAAUAAAGUGGAAACUAUUGAUGUGGAAGAGGCAAAGAGACUCCACCGUGAGGCUUUAAAACAAUCUGCCACAGACCCCAGGACUGGAAUUGUAGAUAUAUCCAUUCUGACUACAGGAAUGAGUGCCACAGCUCGUAAGCGAAAAGAGGAGUUGGCCCAAGCUUUGAAGAAGCUUAUUCAAGCAAAAGGCAAAACUCCAGCGUUAAAGUACCAGCAGUUGUUUGAGGACCUCCGUUCACAGUCUGAUGCAGCAAUCACGAGAGAUAUGUUUGAUGAAGCCUUGCAUGCCCUUGCAGAUGAAGAUUAUUUGACGGUGACAGGAAAAACGGUUCGGUUGCUGUAAACAAAGAACGUGAGCCGAGCAGUAAUGUUUACUGCUAUUUGUUCCAAGUGAUAUCCAAAGUCAACAAUUUGGGAAACUAAAAGCUUUCCCUUGUAAUUAAAAUUCUAUUACACUUGUAAUAUUAGUUUUAUAUUGUUCGAAAGUUUUUUUUUUUUUCCCUAUGUACCUGUUGUGCAUUUUGCAAAAUUGAUAAACUAUUGUGAUUGUCUAAGCACUUUGCAAACUUUUUGUGUAACUGUUUUAGGCUACAGUGCAAAGUGAUUUCUGUAUGAAAAAAUGUACUGUGUAGGAAGGAGCGCUAACUGCUUGACGAUUGCCCCCUCUUUUGUAUGCUCAGUUCAUGCACGUAUUGAAAUAAAAAAUAUUUUCAGCA